GUAAAUCAGAAACAGACAAAAAAAAUGCAGUUGGAAAAAAGCUUGUAGUUGUUCUGUACAAACUACAAUUGGUCUUUGCUCGGCUCAAUUCUGAUGCCUCCACUUACAGACAAAUAAAUCCCUUAAACAUCCUUGUGUUACUCGUCUGAGCUGGCAUCUGGCUGCUGCUCCAAUAUUGCUGGCCAUUUUUGUUGCGCUGGCAAUGUUAGGAUGGAAGUGUGACGAGCUGUAAGCUAGCGGGAGAGAGUGCAAACAAAGGGAUGAUGUGAAACGGGGAAAGGCUUAUUCUGUGCCAACAGUCCCAUAACCACUGCCACUCUGCAGAAAUAAUGCCCCAGAAAAAUACACCGUUUUUUUUAUUUUGUCUAAAAAUGGCAUAAUCAAAACCAAAAAGACCACUGGCAACACUUUCAAAAUAGAUUCAAAAAAUGAUUGGAGAUGAUUGUCUUCCUUUAAAUACAUGCAGUUGUGCCCAUGAAACUUUAUGAACAACAAGCUUAACAUGUAUUUUGUUUUGUUUUGGUUUACUUUUUUUUUUUUUUUUUUACCCUGAAAAUUCUAGUAAAGUAAUUUUCUUUCACGACUACAUCAACAUAACAAGUGUUUCCUGAUUACUUCAAACCAAACAUGCAUAGCUUGAAAUGCUUGUUUCUGAGGAGUUUCUUUGCCAAAUAGUUAUUCAAAUCAGCUGUUUGCUUUCUAUUCGAUGAAACCAAACAGAACAGAUAACCUUUUCUCUACUUGCUAGAUGACUUUUUAUCUACUAUCAGUAAAGAGAUCCAUUUUCUUUUUCAGGUGUUUAUGUUUCUCAGUGUGGAGAAUGUCAGCAUAUUGUGAAAAGAAAAGCAUUUUCUAUUUUUCUUUUUCUUGAACACGAAUCCACAAAAACUUUUCUAAAAUUUGCCUUGGAGGCAGAAAGUCUGCUGUCUUCUGAAUGUGGAAAAAAACUGCUUUGGUUUUUUCAGUUCUCAAUUGUGGCAUUAAAUGUUGAUUAUUAAUUAGGAAACACAUUUCAUCCCUGAAUUCUCCUUUAUGCCAUGUCAGGAAUGAGUGAAUACAAGAGGCAGAACUUCAACAGCUCCUCAGACCUGAGGUUGUUUCUUUUGGGGAACAUUGGCUGUGGAAAGACGUCGUCUGCUAACACCAUCCUUAACCAGCCGUCCUCUCGCUCUGCUGAUGACCCCAAAAGCUGCAAUCUACGAGAAGCCUUCACCGACGGCCGGAGAGUGGCUCUGGUGGAAGCUCCGAGAUGGUAUUGGGCCGGCGAAAAGGUGGACGACAGCGUCAGAAAGGAGACGGAACAAGCUGUGGCUCUGAUGGAACCAGGACCACAUGCUGUUUUGCUUCUGAUCCCUGUUAACCAGUUUACUGAGAUGGAGUCUCGUGUGCCUUCAGAGUUGCGAGAGAUGUUUGGGCAGGAAGUGCUGGAUCACACUUUGGUGCUGUUGACUUGUGGAGACUACUUGAUGGGAAAAUCGGUUGAGGAAUACCUGCAGAAAGAAGACCCAGGAUUGAGGCAGAUGAUCAAGGGUUGUGGUGGAAAUUUCCAUGUUCUGAAUAAUCGUAACCCAAAAGACAGAGAGCAGGUCCGCGAGCUGCUGGAGAAGGUGGACCGCAUGGUGGCGAAAAAUGGAGUAUUCAAUAUGAAAACUGCUGAAACCAGACAGCUGAACAGUCAAAUCGAAGACCAAGAAGAAGAACAAGAAGAAGAAGAAGAAGAAGAAGAAGAAGAAGAAGAAGAAGAGGAACAAGGACAAGAAGAGGAAGAGGAGGAACAAGAACAAGAAGAAGAAGAAGACGAGAGAUACUUGUUGGAAUUAAUGCAAGAUCAGUUGCUGGGGAGAAGUGAGACAUUAGCUUUGAACAGAAUUUUAGGCACGGGUGCACUUGAAGUGGUAGUUGAAGAGGAGGAAGAAGAAAACGAUGAUGAUGAUGAAGAAAAAGAAGAGCCCAUCGUACCUUUGAAAAUGACAAACGUUAAACAAGUGAUUAAUAAAAGGGAUGGAAGUAUGGGUGAAGCUCGAGUGCCCAAUGGGUUUCCUUCAUCUCCAGAACCAGAGCUGCAAUCGCAUUCGAAGUCUUUUGAUGACCCACAGCUGAACAGCACUCUAAGUUCACUGAAAGCAGAUGGAGGUCUUCUCUCAAAAAUAUCUGAGAUUGUAACAUCUUCAAGAACCCCAGCUUCCAUUGAAAGCAGAAGCAGCAGUGUUGAUGGAGCAGCACCUCAACCGUCUCCUGUUUUUUCUAAUCCUCAUUCACCCAUCUUCGUCUCCACCACUCAACCGUUGUCAAACUUGUCCCCCUCUGCUUCAAUAUGUUCUCCAUCCUUCUCGUCCUACCCGAUGCCUUCCGCUUCGUCUUCUCCGGAGCUUCGUCUGAUUUUGCUCGGUCGAUCCGGAGCAGGGAAGAGUUCAGUCGGGAACAGCAUUCUGGGGCAGAAUGUCUUCAGAUCUGAGUCAGACAGCUUUACCGCAGUCACUCAGAAGUGUGAGAAAAGGAAGGCAGUGGUUGAAGCACAAAAGGUGGCAGUAGUGGACACUUCUGAUUGGUUUAAUUCAGAGCAAACCCCUGAGGAAGUGCGAGCUCAGAUCUCCUCUUGUGUUGCACUGUCCACCCCCGGCCCUCACGCCUUCCUGCUGUGCGUCCCGUUGGACCAACCUGCAAAAACCGAGCUGCAGGCUCUGGAAGCCAUGGAGAAGGUUUUUGGCCCAGAUGCAGUGACAAAACACACCAUUGUCCUCUUCACCUACGCCGAUCGCCUGAGGGACAGUGGGAUGAUUGGGAAUGGCGGCGUGGAGGCCUACAUAGCGAAUCAAAGGGGGGAUUUGUUGAAGCUUGUUGAAAAGUGCAGGGACAGGUUCCAGAUCAUGGAGAGGGGUCAAAGGGAGAAGAAGAGUGUGGCUGAUCUAUUCACUUUGGUGGCGCUAACAGUGAAAGAAGCUGGAGGACAAUACUUUUGUUCUCCUGCUUUUCUGGAGGCAGAGAACAAAGUGAAACAAAAGCAACUAGACCUCGUAAGAGAGAGGAGAGAAAAAGAACUAGACCAAAAAACUGUAAAAAAGGCUCAAUUGCUCAGCCCAAAACGUAGGUCUUUAUUUGAGACAGAAGAUGAGCUUGAGGAAAUGAGGGAUGAGGCAGAGAUGAGUGUAAGUCUGACUAGUAUGGACUGCAUUUCUCUACUUACAAUUUCUGACUUGUCCCCUUCUUUUCUGAAUUCUCUUAAAGAGAAAAUGGAGACUAGUAUGAAGAUGCUUCCUAAACUGACGUCAGAUAGCUCAGUGCGACUUGAAGAAACAAGGAAGCAGCAAAGCAGUCCGGUGUUGGCAAUCCAACAGAUGGUGGCAGACGGUUCCCUGUGGGGAAAGGUGGGAUCUACUGCAGGUCAUGUUUCCAGAGCGGUAGGAGAUAAGGUUCCAAGGGUAGUGGCAAAUGGUUCCUCAUGGUUGGGAUUCAGAGCUAGAGCAGUGGCAGGGAGUCCAAUGUGGGAGAAAUUGGGGGCUGGUACCAAAACUGGAGCUAAACUGGUGGCAGACGGGUCGUUAAGAGUUGGAGCCGGGAUUGGUGCUGGUGCAAUGCAGGUUGCACAGAGUCCCAUGUGGGGCAAGAUGGGCUCCGGGGCAAAAGCAGGGGUCACAAUGAUGGCUGAGAGCUCACUGUGGGAGAGAAUGGGAAACGUUGCUAGACAGGUUCCAAAAAUAGUGUUUGCAGCUGGGCUGCUAGGACUGGUGCUCGGUGUGUUUUUUGGUGGACUGUUUUGGGGAAUUGUCGGAGCCGCUGCUGGAUCUGCAGCAUCUGAGAUGACCCGACAAAAAUUCAUCAGCAGAAAUUCUUCAGAGGAGACGUCUGAAGCUGCAAGAAACAUGGAGAAAAGCACGUGCAACAGUGCAGAUGGAGGGAAAAGUCUGAAAUACGAAUGAAGAACUCAAUGUAGCAUGGAUUGAAUACAUACAUUUAAUUUAGCAAAUUAAAAAAAUGUACCUAUGCUCAACUGACUCCAUUAGAAUAUAGUAUUUAUUUUGUCAUUCUUUUAGAUACAAAAAACUUUUAAAUUAAGUUCAAAGAUUGAAAUCCCCUAUUCAGUUAUGGAUCGAACUAAUUUGUUUUUGUAUAAAAGCAUCAGAGAGAAAAAGAAAAUCCAUGUAUAUGUUUAUUUGCAGAACUUUUUUCUUAAUUUGUAAAUACCUCUUUUUAAAUACCUUCUUUUUUGGGGAAUUGUCUAUAUUAUGCAUUGUGUACAUUCUAUACUCUUUAAUCUGUGCCUCAUUACAAUGAACAAUAAAAUAUUUUUGCUGGACAUUCAUAUGAACGAAAUCCUACAAAAUAAAACAAAUUAAGGGUA